CAUCCACAAUCAAAUCAGGUAUAAAAAGCAACCACAACUCCUCCUUUUUUUUUUCUCUCAUCAAAACAACAACCAAUCUUCUCUCAACUUCUCUACUUCAACAGACCACUUCCUUGCUUCUACAGCACAACUCUUGAAACGAACACUCACUAUCACUCUCGUGACUAAGCAUCUUCCAUCCCCACCCCCAUUUCUUGUCUUUUCAUCAUCCAUCAUGGUUAAGCUCACUACCCUUCUCUUUGCCACAGUUGCCCUCCUGGCCUCCACCAACGCUCAGGUUUCACUUGCGCCCACCUUCUUCAACGAAACCGAGAUCAAUCCCACGAUCAACUCUGCUGAGGACAUUGUUGACUCGGAAUUGUUGCCCCCCAGCCAUCAGCUGGUCCGUCGUGCUCCUGUCGCCAAACCCAAACUGACCAAGGAACAGAAGACGAUCCUGGAUGCCCACAACAAGGUCCGUGCUCUCCACGGAGCUCCUCCUCUGGUCUGGAAUACCAAGGCUGAAAAGCAUGGACAAAACUGGCUAAAGAGGUGCGCGUUUGAGCACAGCCAAUCCCGUGAGUUUGGUGAGAACUUGGCUAUGGGUUACGGAAGCUUCAAGCAGGUGGUGAACGGUUGGUAUAGUGAGGUGUCGAAUUACAAUUACAACCGUCCCGGUUUCGGCAUGAAGACUGGUCAUUUCACUCAAGUAGUCUGGAAAAGCACUAAAUCGGUUGGAUGUGCCAAGAGAACCUGUAAUGGUCGUCCCCUCUAUAUCUGCAAUUAUUACGGACCUGGCAACUAUGCAAAUCAGUAUCGUGAGAACGUCUUGCCUCGCAAGAAGUAA